AUGGUGGUAUCCCAGAACUGUAUCUCUGUUGCUAGAUCAGCGAGCCUCAAAGAGUGGUAUUCCAGAACUUUGUUUUUAUUAGGGAUCAAGCUAUCCUCAAAGAGUGAUAGAUGGAGAAAUGAGCAAGCCGCCCAAAACUAUCGAGAAGGCCCGCCCACCAUCCGCCCAAUUGAUACACCCGCCCAUAGCGUUGCUGGUGACAAUCCGGCUGGUCCAUCAGGACCCCCCCAACUACCCGCCCAACCGACCUGCGAAAGUUUGGGGCAGGAAGUUUUUGCUCGCCUUACGGCAACCGCCCAAGCAAGACGCGAGCUUGCAGAUGCUCUGGUUGAGCAAGAAAAUGCUCUGGACCUGGACCCUCUUACCGGCUAUUGGCAUGUUGGGGCAGGGGAACGAUGGGAAGAGAAGGCGAAGUCCGGAGGGUGGGACACGGGAUAG